UGAAACCAACUUCAAAUAUUACAACAAGUUAACACAAUAAAGACUUUAAAAUAUUAGCCUUGAUGUAUAUUUUUGUAUCCAUCUUAUUGAUUGUUUUUCCGCCCCUUAUAGCCUUUUCACCUCAAGGGUUUUUAAUCAGAGAGCCAAAAUGCUUGUAUAUGGCAAAUCCUGGACCCUGCAAGAAUUGGGUAAAAGUCUGGGGCUAUGAUUACAUGACCAAUCGAUGCAUUUUCUAUUUCUACGGCGGCUGUGGCGGUAAUCCUAACAGGUUCUAUGAGAAGGAUGAGUGCGUGCGAACCUGUCGCGUGACCAGAGAAAUGAUAAGGUAUAAAAGAGAGAGCUUGGACGAAGAGCAGGAGGAGGAGGAGGAGUUCGAGGAGGAUAUCGACAACUGGGAUAGCUUUGAAAAUUGGGAACCUUAAAAGCAAAUACUCUCAGGAAAGUGUAUUCAAAUACCGCUCUUCUCACGGAAAAAUUGGCCAAAGUUAUCUUUUGAUUCGUUGAGCAAACGUAUAAUUUCAGUUUUGAAAGAAAGAACUUCCCGUCGAGUUGCA